AUGUCCGAACCCAUGCAGAUCGACCAACCUGUCACGACGGCAGCAGCAGCAGCAGCGACCAAACCGGCAAAUGCAAUGGCAGCGUUGAUGGCAAAUGCAAAAGGGAAAUCAAAAGAAGCAGACGGAGACGAUACGAAGGUAUUAAGUGAUGCUGAGAUCAAAGCUUUCAAUGAUAGAGAAGGAUUACCAUGGGUAGAGAAAUAUAGACCUCAUUCAUUGGAUGAAGUCGUUUCUCAUAAAGAUAUAACAAGUACUAUCGAAAAAUUCAUUGAAGCUGGUAGAUUACCUCAUUUACUGUUAUACGGACCACCAGGAACCGGUAAAACAUCAACAGUAUUGGCUUUAGCUAGACGUCUAUAUGGUCCACCAUACAAGAAACACAUAUUAGAAUUAAACGCUUCGGAUGAUAGAGGUAUCGAUGUUGUUAGAGAACAAAUCAAAAACUUCGCCAUGACAAAAGUUCUGUUCUCAAAAGGUUUCAAACUAGUCAUUCUUGAUGAAGCCGAUAUGAUGACUCAAGCUGCUCAAUCUGCAUUGAGAAGAGUUAUUGAGACACAUACUAAGAAUGUCCGAUUUUGUAUUCUGUGUAAUUACGUCAACAAAAUCACACCUGCUAUCCAAUCGCGUUGUACGAGAUUCAGGUUCUCACCAUUACCGGAGAAGGAAGUUCAGAGGAAAGUUGAUGAAGUCGUGGAGAAAGAAGGAGUGAAUAUCACGGACGAUGGAAAAGACGCUCUUUUGAAACUAUCAAGAGGUGACAUGCGCAGGGCAUUGAAUGUGUUACAGGCAUGCCACGCAGCGUACGAUGUAGUGGACGAAACUGCAGUUUACAAUUGUACGGGUAAUCCACACCCCAAAGACAUUGAAAGAGUAGUCCAAAGUAUGAUGUCUGAUGAAUUCGGAACGAGUUAUUCGCUCAUAACAUCACUUAAAAUAGAAAAAGGUCUGGCAUUACAAGAUCUCAUAAGUGGAGCAUAUGAGUUUCUCGACACUGUAGAAUUACCAAAACAAAGUAGAAUAUACCUUUUAGAUCAUUUAGGAAGUACAGAACAUCGAUUAUCAGUGGGUGGAUCCGAAAAAAUGCAGUUGACAGCUCUGUUGGGAGCGUUCAAAAUCGCCGUUGAACUGUCACAAAAGAAAAUAUAA